CCGAGUCGAUAGCGUCCUCGAUGAGCACACGCUCUGUUCUGCGGAGAUCGAUCUUCGUCCGCGCACCAGCCGGACAGCUGCAAGAUGUUCGACAGACACUCGCCGUCGCGCACGGGCUGAUUCACCAUCACCAAGGGCCUGAUACCCGUUCCCGAUUAGGCUUAAGUACCCAACGAAAACCAGGCCUGAUUGGAAUGCACUUCCCUCGCGAUCCCGAAAUGCACUAUUUGCUUGGCUAUGCAGGGUUAACGCUGGAUUCGGAAACAUCUCCUUUGAUCUCGCCCGAGGUCACCUUCUACCCUACAUGGAUUCCACGACCGUCCGGCAAAGGCGUCACGCCAUUCGAUUCUGCCGGACUUUUCGCUGCCUCGGACAAGAAUCUGCAUCGUGCCGGAGAGGAUGAAUAUUCAGCUGAUGAGCAAGCGCAGGAUGGUACAGCGUUCGACGAAGAGCCGCUCUCCUUAAAGUCGUGGGACAGAGAGCUUCGACGAGGGUCACUGCGCAUCACUCCGCGUCAAAAGGCAAGGCUCAGCGAUAUAGCUCGCUUCAUCGGACUUCGCCAGAGCGGUGCAUAUUCUGCAUCUGCGACCAGCGAGCCCAACAUGAUUGAGGCUGAGAUCAAGGUGGGAUCUCGGGUCACUCCUCUAGCACAUCGAAAGAAGAAAGGCAAAGACCUGUACAAGGCCCAGGCCUCAAAGUUCAAAGGCUUCUACGCGGAUUGACAUUUCUUUUUGAUAUUCGCUCUCGAGAUGUACCAUAGUUCAAUUGCAAGUGCUCCCAUAGGUUCUUAUUCACACAAGAUUGUACAACAAACAUUGCAUACUCUUCCU